GAUGGCGGCAAAGCGCAAGAAGGCCGCGCCGCGCCAGCCCAAGCGCAAGCGCGAAGAGAUUGUCGAGCGAUGCGUCGAGAGGCCGACAGGGCGGACGUACCGCGUCCUCGACGGUCUGCCAGACGACCUUGCGCCCGACAUUUGGGCUGCGAUCGAGCGGUUUGAAGACGCGCAGCUGGCGCCGAUGCCGCCUGCGCGGCCUCUGUCGGCCAGCGCUAGCAUACACGACGACUUUUGUCCCGAGAGCGACGACGACGAAGCCAUCGAAGCGACGGCGCGAAAUGCAUGUUCCUCGCCACCCCGUGCAUCCAUGGUACACGACGUCGCCAUCGUUGACGACGACAUGAUCGUACCAUCGACUCCGUCGCCGACCAAGACCGACGAGGCCCCCGCACAACCGUCCGAGCUGUCGCCUCCGCGAGCGGUCUCGACGAUCAUCACUCGAAUCGCAUCUUCGCCCACCACGCCUCAACACAUGCCAGCGAUAUCCAUGGAGACUGUGGAGGAAGCGGACACGAGCGCUUGCAGGCUCUUGCCUCUCGAUGACGAUCACAACGCGACAGAAGCGACGCACGUCGCGCCUGCAGAGGCAGAAACACCUGCGUCUCCCACGCAACUCUCCCCUCCGUCCAUGGCCCAUGACGAGCAUACGCCGAGCGAGACGCCGUACUCGGCCACGAUGCGCUUGUACGACAUUUCUGCCUCGGCGCCGGCUCCAGCACCACCUGCCUUGGCUUUGGCAAAGGACGAGGCGGGUGCUGCUGCCAAGCCAGCAUCGCCCCCACACAUUCAAGGCGAUGCACUGCAAGUGCUGCUCUCGCUCUCUGACAAGUGUCCGACCUUGGCGUCCUGGCUCAAGCACGACGACGUCGACGACCCGCUGCCGUCGCUCGACAACGUCUUUGACGAGGACGACGACGGCGAGUCCCCAACGAGUGGCAGUGUGCCUCGCAUGGACAUACGACCGUCCAUGGCGGUCUGGUCGUCGUCGCUGCAAGCGCGCUGUCACCUCCUUCCGUCACAUGCCGCGGCGCCAGUGGCGCCCGUGCUCGUGUACUGGAUCCAGCAUGUUUGGCGGAUGCACCACAACUAUGCGCUGGUUGCGCUCUCGCACUUGAGCCGACAGCUCGAGCUACCGGUCGUCGCCUUCUGCGCACUGCCCCGCGCGAUGGUCUCGCUGUCGUCGCCGCCAACGCACGCGUGCUACCCGUCCGCGAUCGCCGACGUCCGCCGGCAGCUCCAAGCCCACGGCAUCCCGCUCUAUGCCAUCACAGAGUCAAAGGACGAGGCCAUCGAGACGCGCGACGCCCGCCUUGUGCAAGCACUCAACUCGUUUCGUGCGCAAGUCGUCGUCACGGACGAUGGCCAUGCCACCUACCGCACGGUGGCUCGGCUUGCCACGGAGCAGCUCACGUCGUCGCUCUUGCUUGUUGAUAGCAACUGCGUCGUGCCGUGGCGUCGCAUGGCCGUCGCCACUAAUGAGACGUUCAAGAACGUGUGGGCCAUGCAGCUAGAGGACUGCCUCCGGUCGGCGCCUCCCCUGGAAUUUAGCCCGCGCCGCCAAAGCACCGUCUUUCCACCGCCCAUGUCACCGCCGUUCGCCGUACACACGGUUGCGUGGCAUUUGCUCGACCGUUCGACGAUGGCAGCGCGCAACAUGAGCGAGACGGCAGCCUUGGCCCAUCUCCAAGAGCUCGUGCAAAGCAGCAGUGUGGUGCCACGCCCCGCCAUCCAAGACGAGCUCCACGGUCGUGGCAUCCUGUCGGUGCUGCCGUAUGUUCGGUUUGGUUCGCUCUCGCCCGUGCAUCUUUUGCAGUCGCUGCUGAGUCUCCAGUCCAAAGUACUGUACACACGCGCGAUCGAGCAUAUUGUGCUUGCACACGAGAUGGACGUGCACAACUACGAGCUCGUGCGACUACAGGACCACGCAGUCUUGCCCGGCCGCGACGACGCCAUCACGCUGUACGAAGCGUACUUAACGAGCUUGUCGCUACCGCCUGUGGCGACGUCGUCGACGAUUCUCCAAUAUUUGCCGUACGAGCUGGAAGCCAGCGCCACGACCGACGGCUUCUGGAACAACAUUCAGUCGCACCUUCGGACCACCGGGUACUUGCACCCGGUGCUAAGCCGGUACUGGGCAGCGCGGCUCGUCGAGUGGUCGCCCUCCGUCACUGUGGCCCUUGCGACCAUGGAGGCGCUCUUGUUUCGGUAUGCCGUGGGCGCGACGAGCUGUGAUGUGCUUGGACUCCUUCGCCUCUACGGCCACGACGCGGUGCUCACUGACAGCACCGAGAAGCUUGUGCAAAAGCAGCUGCAAGACGCUCUGAGCAUUGUCGACGCCAACGGCCCGUAGCAAGAGAACGCGCACUAGCAUCGUUCGCGUUCGAGUCUCCACGCGGGCCAAUCCAUAAGCGAGCAUCUCAACUACGUAAACCUCGAG